AUGGUUAGAAGGCUUAAAUAUCAUGAACAGAAGCUGUUAAAGAAAGUCGAUUUUCAUGACUGGAAACAAGACCAAGGUCAUCGUGACACGCAGGUAAUGCGUACAUAUUACAUCCAGGAUCGUGAGGAUUAUCAUAAAUACAAUAAGAUAUGUGGUGACAUUCGACGUAUAGCUAACAGAUUAUCGUUGUUACCCCCUACGGAUCCGUUUAGGGUCAAACACGAACAGCUGCUUUUAGAAAAGUUAUAUCAAAUGGGUAUUUUAACAACGAAAUCCAAAAUUAGCAAUUUGGAGAAUAAAGUCACGGUAUCAGCUGUCUGUCGUCGCAGAUUGCCUGUUAUUAUGCAUAAAUUGAAGAUGGCGGAAACUCUGAAGGAUGCAGUGAAGUUCAUCGAACAAGGCCAUGUACGUGUAGGUCCAAAUUUGAUAACCGAUCCGGCUUAUCUGGUUACAAGAAAUAUGGAAGAUUAUGUUACAUGGGUUGAUUCAUCGAAGAUCAAAAAGACUGUUUUACGUUAUAGAAACCAGAUCGAUGAUUUUAACGAUGCUUGA